AUGCAAAAGGCAAUGAAAAGCGCAGAAUAUAUAAAAGCUAACAAUGACUGGUUAGAUGCCCAAGCCAACGCUAAAGCAGCCCAACUCAUAGGGUCAAUAAGGACAAAAAUACAAGCGGAUGAAGACAGUUCAAAUGAAGCUUUAACAAAUGCUGACUUUAAGAACGCUUUCGAAGCUCUUCAUAGUAAGGUGAAACAAGUGAACGACUUCUCAUCUGGAAAGAAACUGAAGUCUGAAGGUUUCGACAAAGAGUUAAAAGAAGUAGCACAAAAUAUGACGAAAAUAACAGAUGCAGCAACGAGACAGGCAGUUCAAAGUGCCUAUGACGCCGUUAGAGCAACUGUUGUGAAAAGUCAAGAAAAAGAGUUACAACAGACCAAAACAGACCUAGUAAAUGCUUUCUUAAGAACGAAAAGUCAGGUAGGACAUUACGCUGCAGAUGGAACAUAUGUGCCAGCUGGUGGAACUUAUAUACCACCAAACCCUCCAAGAGAAGCACCUGCACCAGGACUACCUAGAACAUUUACAUCGUCACAUGGACACAGACACAGGCAUGCACCAAAACCAACACAACAACAACAACAACCAGCACAACAACAACAACCAACACAACAACCAGCACCACAACAACAACCAGCACAACAACCACCUCCACAACCAGCACAGCAACCAACAGUUCAAAACCCUGCACAACAACAACCACAAACAGAACAAGGAAACCAAGAAUUCUUAAAAAUGCUUAAAGAAGAGUGUGGUUUCCCAGAUACUGUUGACUUUAGUGACAGAUAUAAAGAAGCUAUUAGAAAGUUCAAGGAUGGAAAUACUGACCCGAACCUAUUUAGCUUUAUGGCUCAGCACCAAAACGGAUAUAAUCUCAAACCUGGAAAAUACAAGCUCGCUAAGGGAUAUGAUUUAAUAGCAUAUCAUCCAAAUGACAUGGAUGAAUUUACUCCGAGAUAUUUGAUGUCAGAGCUAAAUGACAAUUCAACUUUCGUCAUGAAACGCGUAAAAAAUAGAGACGGAACGAAAGAACAAAAGCUUAUGAAUGCGGAUGACGUAGAUAGGGAAAUUGUUGAAAACGGUCUCGGAAUAUAUGAAAUGCCAGCAGAUGAGGUACAAGAAACUCCACAGGAAGAACUAGUUCAGAUACAACCAGACAUGGAAGAAAUAGUUCAGCAACAACAGCUAGAAGAGCCUGAAGGAAACGAACAA